AUGGCAUGCAGCUCGGACUCCAAAUCAUUGCUCGCCGUGCUCACCUUCAGCGUCUCAUCGUCGGGACUUCUCCUCGUCAACAAGCUCUGCCUCAAGGAGGUGGCACUGCCUUCGUUUCUCGCCGUGCUUCAGUUCAUCGCCUCGGUGCUUUGCGCAGUUGGCAUGUCGGCCGCGGGCGCGGCGGACCUUGACCCGCUGGAGUGGCCGCGCGUGCGAAUAUACUUAUUCUACAUCGCGCUCUUUGCCACCGCCAUCUACUCCAAUCUGCAGGCGCUCACACACUCCAACGUGGAGACGCUCAUCGUCUUCCGCGCGUGCGGGCCGCUGCUUGUCAGCGUGCUGGAGUGGCGUCUCCUCGGCCGCGCGCUGCCGUCGCGGUGGUCGGCCGUCGCGCUCUCCGGCAUCUUUGCCUGCGCGGCUGGCUACGUGGCCUCUGACAACGCAUUCGCCAUGCACGGACUUCGUGCGUAUACGUGCGGCGUGUACUUCGUGUCCAUAUGCCUGAGCGACACGUGCGGCAAGCAGAUCAUCUCCGGCCUUCGGUGGCGUACGAUGUGGGGGCCGGUGCCCCGCCUCGCCGCGGCGGCGUGGCGGCCUCGCGGCGUCGCGCUCUAUGCGCUCUCGUGCCUCUUUGGCAUCGCAAUCUCGUUCACCGGCUGGAGGUGCCGCGCCCUCGUCUCCGCGACUUGCUACACGGUCGCCAUCUGGGAGCACCACGCGACGCCGGAAGGCAUCGCUUGCCUGGCUGGCUGCCUCCUCUGCGCCGCCGCGUACCGCCCCGCCCCGAUGCGGCGGAGCGAGGACCAGCUCGCGCGCGGGAGAGGCGACGCCGAGGCGCCGAGGGACGACGACGGGAGCAGUGAGUCGGAGGCGUUUCUGGCCGCCCGCGAGAAGUCGGCAGAUUGA